CAAAAUUCAAAAUCAAAAUCAAAACCCACAUUGUGUUUAGUGUUCUUUGUAUGCCCUUUGAUCGAUAUAUUGCCUUUUUCUGGGUUUUGAAUAGGAAUCGUAUCUGGGAUUUUGGGUUUUGGGUCAUGGCUGAGAGAGUGGACGUGGAAAGGAAUGGAGAGCUUGAAAUGUUGUUGAAUCAGAUCUCUCAAGGGUCAUAUCUGAAUCUUAAUCAUCGUCAAAAGUUUGUUUUGGGUACCGAUUCUACAAGGAGCAGGGUUUCUCUGCAAUCACCGUACUCUGCUUCAGGCUCUCUCUCUAAUGGGUUUUCCUCGUCUGAGGAUGGUUCGACAUUUCCAACCAUGUUUGACGAGGCUAAGUAUGAAGCAUCAUCUUACCCUAAUGGACUCUGGUUGAAUUCUAAGCGAACUGAUUCUCAAUGUAGGAAGAGUGUCAAUGAGAAGUUGGUAUCUGAUUACUUUCUGGCAAAGAAACUAAACAGAAUGAAUAUAAGAGAUACAGAGAAAGAUUGUAGUACUCUAAUGAGGGGAUUUGAGAGGGAUCAAGAUGGCUUUGCGUUGAGUUUUGGUGAUGGGUCUUUGGGUGGCAUUGUACCCUUUAACGUUGAGGAUUAUGGGUAUGGUUCAUAUGAUGAUUUAAACCAUGGUGGUUUUGGUUGUGAAGGUUUCCAAUCCUAUGCUUACAGUGGCUCUAAAAGUUUUGUUAAUAGGUCCACAUCGGGUGUUGUGCAAGAUGAUCUGUUGUACCCUUAUACUGCUUGUGAUGAGGACAAAGGUUUAUGUUCUGAUUCUGUUUGUUACAAUAGCCUGAGAAAUUAUUCAUUGGAGCAGGGAAUGGGAAAUGGCAUAAGUUGGGUUAAUGAGGGAAUUCAAUCUGAGAGCUCUUCUAGUACUAGGCAUUACCUUGAUCUUGCUCCUGGGACACAGCAUUAUGGAGUGAAUUAUAGGGACAGCAGAGUGGCCAAAGAUCCAUCCAGUUCUCUUAGACUUCCCAAGCUGGCUUCAAAUGUAGACGAGCUACUACCUGUUCAAUCAUUUUUGAGAGAGAAGACUACAACAAUGCCAAACAAUGGGGUUCCCAAAACUGUUGUUUCCAUGAAGAGUGCAAAGGAUUUAGAUCCAUUCACUUUUGAGGAUAGUUUCAUCAUACAAGAUAAGGGCUUGAAGAAAAAUUCCCUACAAGAGAUUGUAAUUCAAAACCUGCUAGGGAAAAGCUCUAAGCCAGGGGUGUGUAUCGACAAUGAAGGAAUUGACGAAAAUGGUCAGAGUCUAGAUAGUUACAGUAGUAUUAAACUGAUGCCAGGUCGUCAUUCCUUGGCUCAGUUCCAAAGUUGUAUAUAUUCCAUGGCAAAAGAUCAGAAUGGUUGUAGGUUCUUGCAAAGGAUGUUUGAGGAAGGAACAUCCUGCCUGAAUGUGCAAAUAGUGUUCAAUGGGACCAUUGAUCAUGCUGUUGAACUUAUGGUGGAUCCAUUUGGCAAUUACCUCAUGCAGAAAUUGUUGCAAGUAUGCAGUGAAGAGCAAAGAAUGGAGAUUGUAGUAGUGGUGACCAGAGAACCUAGUCAGCUCGUCAGGAUUUCCUUAAACACACAUGGUACACGAGUGAUACAGAAAUUGAUUGAGACUCUCAAGUUUAGGCAAGAGAUUUCACUGGUCAAGUCAGCCCUUAAGUCUGGUAUUCUUGAUCUUAUCAAGGAUCUCAAUGGAAAUCAUGUGCUACAGUGUUGCUUGCAAUGCUUUGACGAUGAAGAUAAUAAGUUCAUUUUUGAUGCUGCUGCCAAAUUUUGUGUUGAUAUUGCAACUCAUCGGCAUGGAUGUUGUGUAUUGAACCGCUGCAUUGAUUAUUCCACUGGGCAACAAAGAGAUAAGCUAAUCACUCAAAUAUCAAGGAAUGGGCUUCAUCUUGCUCAAGAUCCUUUUGGAAAUUAUGUUGUUCAGUACAUCAUGGAUCAACAGAUCUCUGCAGCCUGUGUCAUCUUGCUUUCUCAGUUCAAGGGGCACUAUGUGCAACUUUCAAUGCAGAAAUUUAGCAGUCAUGUUGUUGAGAAAUGCCUCAAGUUUUUGCCAGAAAGUCGGUCACAAAUCAUCUCUGAGUUGCUCUCGGUACCUAACUUUGACCAGUUGCUUCAAGAUCCAUUUGCUAACUAUGUCAUUCAGUCUGCUCUAGCGGUUGCCAAGGGUAAUCUUCGUGCUUCUCUGCUUGAAGCUAUCCGACCACAUACACUGUUGCGGACCAGCCCUUAUUGCAAGAGGAUUUUCUCACGGAAGGUGUUGAAGAAAUGAUGUUGUCAAUUUUACAAGUGUUGUUGUUCAGUGCUAAUUAGGGGUCUUAUCUAUGUUGGUUUUACUUAGAUAUAGAAAAUAGACGAGAAUGAUUAUGCUUUCCAGUCACACUGGUUGCAACUUCAGUCUUCAGCCCCGUGGUUGCUGAAUGAUGUAAAGGAAAAUUUUGCCUGCUGUUGUCUUGUUGUUCUCUAAAAUGUUAUCAUCUCUGGUUCAAGGGAAAUGACAAUAAUUGAAAAACCAUUUU